CAUCCGGGGGACGCGUUGCCAUGGCGACGGCCGGCGGGAUGCCCGCCGCUCUCCCGCGCCGCUGCCCCCGCGGCCGCUACCGGAGGAGGCACCGGAGCCCCGCGGUGGACGAGACACUCUUCGGGGAGCAACGGAACCUGCAGCAGUUGAGCUCCGACAGCCCCGUCGUGAUCCUUCGAGAUGUGCAAACCGCCCCCAACGUGUUGCCCGCCGAUGGGCACAAGCCUGAGACCAUCCGUAUCAUCACCAAGGACUACAUCCGUGACCUCAUCGUCCCCACGGAGAACCCGGCAGUGUCCUUCAUUAUUGGUCAGGAGGAUCUCCGGCGCAUUAAGGAAUCGGCUCGAGUCCUGACCACGGAGGAGCGUAAAGCCAAGCUGGCAGCCCUCAAAGCAGAGAAGGAAGCUGCUCUCUGCACCCAUCAUGGCAGGGGCUGUGCAUCCCACACCUCCGCUGAUCCCCGACCUGGGAUGAGCUGGGCAGGACCCCUGGGUUCCCCCAGUCCGUGGGAGGCGAUGGGCGAGCGCAAGAGUGUGGCAAAGCACAAAGCUCUGGAGCAGCAGCAGGCAGAGAAGCUGAGUGAGCUGGAGGAGGAGGCGCGGGAGCGAGCCCAGCGCGCGCGGGAGCGGGCGAGCAGGAUGCGCGUGGAGCAGGAGGAUGAGAUCAAGGCGUUCAGUGAGCUGAUCCAUAGUGCCAAGUGCCACAUGAUCCGCGACGCUCAGGUCCUGGAGAAGCAGCUCAUCGCGAGAGAGCUGCAGGAAGAAGAGAAGCGCCUGGACACGAUGAUGGAGGUGGAGAGGAAAAAGGCCACUGAGAUGCAGGAGCGACUGGAGGAAAGGAGGAAGCAGGAGCUGAUCAGAGGGAGGCAAGAGCUUGUGCAGCAGAUUGAGAAGAACGCAGAGGAGCGCGCUCUGAGAGCCGAGCAGCAGCACCGCGAGGCUCAGGAGAUGCUGAAGCACCUGGAGAAGCUGAAGAUGGAGGACCUGAAGGAGACGGAGCGGAAAAAGGAGCAACAGAAGAAAAUCCAGGCUGAGAUUAAACGCAUCAACGACGAGAACCGAAGACUGAAGGAGGAGCAACGGGAGAAGGAGAGGAUGGCGGACGAGGAGGUGCUCGAGUACCAGAGGCGGAAAAUGGAGCGUGAGGCUGCCUACGAGGCCGAGCAGGAGAGGAUCCAUCGAGAGAAGGAGAAGGAGAUAGCACACUUGAGAGCCAUGCAGGAGAAGGCCCGGGACCACCAGGCAGAGCAGGACGCGUUGAGAGCCAAGCGCAGCCAAGAGGCUGCCGAGCGCCAGUGGCGUCGAAAGGAGAAGGAGGUGGCGAGGAAGAAGGCUGAGAUGGUGGAGAAGCUGAAUCGGAGCCACUUGGAGCAGAUCGCCCAGCGGGAGCACUGCAUGGCGGUCCAGGUGCAGCAGGACCGCGACGACUUCCAGAGGAUCCUCAGGGCUCAGAGGGAGCAGAUAGAGAAGGAGAAGGCGGAGGAGGCGCGGAGGGCAGGCCUGCAGCUCGCCCACGCCAACGACAUCCGGCGGCAGAUGGAGGAGCGGCGGCAGCAGCUGGUGCAGGAGCAGGCGGCCGCCGUCGAGGAGUGCCGGCGGCUGCAGGACGAGGCUCGCCAGCGCAGCCAGCGCAUCGCCCAGCUCAAGCAACAGAAGAUCGAGGAGCUGAGAGCCUGUGGCAUCCCGGACAAGUAUUGCACGCAGCUGGAGCGGAGAGCCCGGAGCCAAGCAAGCGCGACCCCUGGCCAGGCUCAGCCCCACGAGGAGCAGACCUCCGGUUCUCCAGCGACUUAGGGACUUUGGUUUUCUUAGGCUGAGUUUUCUACCAACAGAGACGUU